CCAGGAGGACCCACCCUGGCACCAGCAGCUAGAGAGCGUCGCUGCGGAGGACGCUGUUCACGAAGCGGAAGAUGGCGACUGUUUGGAGGCUGCAGAGGAACCUCCGGAGCUGAUACCGGGGGAAGGAGAGGAAACACAUACACUCAGAGCCCACAGAAGACCACGUCUAAAACAACGGUAUUAAUAAUGCUGCAACAACAAUAAUGUCCCGCUCCCCUGACAAUGAGGAUGGAUGCUUUGUUGCCAUGGACACUGAGGACGAUGGUGCAGAGCCUGCUGGGAUAACAGAGGAAGUUGAGGCAAAGAUGGGGUCCUGCCGACAAGAAGGGAGCAUGGACAGCGGUGCCAAAGGAGGGGGGAGAACAAUGGUGGAGUUGCCAGAGGAAGUUCUCGAAUAUAUUCUUUCCUUUCUCUCACCUUACCAGGAGCACAAGACCGCUGCGCUUGUAUGUAAGCAGUGGUAUCGCCUCAUUAAAGGUGUUGCUUAUCAGUGCUACCACGGUUUCUUAAGAGCUGUCCAGGAGGGAAAUAUCCAGUGGGAAAGUCGCACAUACCCAUAUCCAGGAACCCCCAUCACUCAGCGCUUCUCCCACAGUGCAUGUUAUUACGACUCAAACCAGUCCAUGUAUGUGUUUGGGGGUUGCACUCAGAGUAGCUGCAAUGCUGCCUUUAAUGAUCUAUGGAGACUUGACCUCAACAGCAAGGAGUGGAUCCGCCCUUUAGCCUCAGGCUCUUAUCCGUCUCCCAAAGCUGGAGCGACUCUAGUGAUGCACAAAGACCUGUUAGUGCUGUUUGGGGGAUGGACUCGCCCCAGCCCGUAUCCACUGCACCAACCAGAAAGGUUUUUUGAUGAAAUCCACACCUACUCUCCGUCAAAGAACUGGUGGAACUGUAUAGUAACAACACACGGACCUCCACCUAUGGCUGGCCACUCCUCCUCUGUAAUUGCAAACACCAUGGUGGUGUUUGGUGGGUCACUAGGAGCACGUCAAAUGAGUAAUGAAGUCUGGGUUCUGGAUCUAGAGCAGUGGUCCUGGUCCAAACCACCCAUAUCUGGCCCAUCACCUCACCCGCGAGGUGGCCAAUCACAAAUUGUGAUUGACGAUCAAACAUUGCUCAUCUUGGGAGGCUGCGGUGGUCCUAAUGCACUCCUUAAAGAUGCUUGGCUCCUCCACAUGGAUGCACCACCAUGGAGGUGGCAGCAGCUGCAGGUGGAAAACGAGGACCACGGAGCCCCGGAGCUGUGGUGUCACCCAGCUUGUAGAGUGGGCCAGUGUGUCGUGGUCUUCUCACAGGCUCCAUCUGGCCGCGCGCCGCUUAGCCCAAGUCUUAACUCUCGGCCCUCCCCCAUAAGUGCCACGCCUGCCCCUCUGGGCCCUGAACCGCCUUCCCUGCGCUCUCAGUCUCCUGUUCGGAGCGGGGCUGCUGGUGUUGUCCUGGGAGCUGUUGAAGAGGCUCCUUGUGUAAAUGGUCGGUGGGGCACGCUGAGACCUCGGCCUUCAGCGAGAGGAAGUGCCAGAGAUGGGAGCCCAUCCUCAUCCCAACAGCCGUCUCCUUUACAAGGCCCAGACAGCCCUCCUCUUCCUCCACUUCCCCCGUUAUUAAAUGGAUCCUCCCCUUCACCCCGGACCAGUCCAGCCCAGGCUGCGUCUCCUCCCUCUCGCCCUCACCUGCCUGCUUCCACAGACUAUGGUUGGGAGUCUCCCCCUUCUGCCGCUCACCACCCUGAGGUGCCCAGCACUAACGGCCUGCAUACACCUCCUGCAGUCUCCCCACACACUCCCCCAGGAGCAGUGUCCCCCGCUGCCUUACGACGAGGUCUGGAGGCAGUGAAAAACAAAUCUUCCUCAUCAUUGCCGUCUUCAUCGUCAUCGUCUUCCCUUCAAACACAGGGGGCUUCUCCUGGAGGAGCAGGUGGUGGAGGAGGAGGAGCAGGUCCCCCUGGGACCCCUCCGUCGUCAUCCUCCAGCCCUCCACAGGCCGCUGGAGCUGAUGGACAUGCUAUCCCGCCUAUUGCACGGCGUCUUGGCCAUCACCCACCUCAGAGCCUGAACGUAGGGAAACCUCUGUACCAGUCUCUAAACUGCAAGCCUAUGCAGAUGUACGUGUUGGAUGUGUCCCGGGCCAAAUCCGCUGGGGUGGUGUCUUGGAGAGUUUACGGGAACGGGACUCCCGCUGCGGUUACGGGGCCACCUGAGACCAGCCUUCACACAGUGGUGCAGGGCAGGGGAGAGCUCAUCAUUUUUGGGGGCCUCAUGGACAAAAAACAGAAUGUGAAGUACUACCCUAAAACCAACGCCUUGUACUUUGUACGCGCUAAAAGGUAAUGCAGCUCCGGGCGGAUUUGGAAGACAGACGCUCCACCCUGUGACCACACAAGGGAAAUGACACACAAGGCCUUUUUCCUAUAGAGAGGAUUAUGGGGGGAUAAAAAAACAUAAUCAUUGUUUGAUGUUCCACUUCAAAUUCACUAUUCUCCAUUCUGCCUACUGCAAGCAUUCAAAAUAAAACACUUUAACUACACUUUGAUAAAAACAUUUGUUGGAGUGGGAGAAUUGUGUGUGCGAGUGUGUACGCGUGAGUGGGUGGAUGGUGUUCCAUUUAUAUUGUAAGAGUGAGCGUGUGACUGCAGUGAUUAGAGAGAACAGGACAUUAUUUUGUUAUUCCCCAAAAGGUUAUCAACCAAACAAAAACAUUUCUGUUUUUUUGUCACCCUCUUCUGAACUCUCAAAAGAGGAACUGUUGAUGCUGUUGACAGAAACGGUUGACGACUACCUUGCUUUUUGUAUCACUCUUUAAACUUGCAAUGUUUACAUUGAUAACUGUGUGUGUGUGUGUGUGUGUGUGUUAUGUGUGCAUGGUGGUGGUUAAAAGUUGUUGACUUAUGUGUGUCGGGGGCCAAGAUGGGUGAGAGGUGUGGCACUGUACUAUAAACAUAGUUAAACAAUAAAGGCCUUUGUCUGCUCUGUCA